UGAUCAUCAAAACUCAUUGCAGCAUUCACAUAUUAUCGCAUUCAAACACAUCCCCGAACCCCGCCCCAACAAGUUACAAAGCCAUGGCUUUCGCCGUAUUCAGAAACGAGGCACACAAGGCCCAGUUCUUAGUCGGCAUAAUCACAACGCCGAUUGCGAUAUUAAGUGUCGUUCUCCGGUUCUGGGCUGUCCGCCGGGCUGGCGUCAAGUAUCGUGCCGAGGACUGGCUUGCCUUGACUGCGCUAUUCCUCUCCAUAAGCUACUUCGGAGUCACCACAGGUGACCUCAUCUUCGCACAUGGCGACAACUCUUUAGAUCUUCUGCAUAGUCCAAAACGUCUCAUACUUCUCCGGCAGCUCGUAUAUGUAGCGCUCUGGCUGUACUUCUGGCAGCAGCUCUUUGUCAAGCUUAGUAUCCUGGCCCUCUACUACAGACUAUUCAAGGUCCAUCGCGCGUGCGCUCUGUGUAUCUACGCACUAGUCGUAUAUCAUGUGCUAUUGACCAUAGGUGCUUCUCUGUUCCUCGCAUUCCAAUGUUACCCACUAUUGAAAUGGUUUAACCCACUCGCUCCGGGUCGUUGCGUUUCAGAAGGCACUUUUGUCGCCGUCACCGAGAGCAUCAACUCGUUUGGGGACUUUCUUAUUGUCAUUUUGGCGGUCACGAUGGUCCGCCGGCUCCAGAUGCCUGCGUCAACAAAAAGGAAAUUGAGCUUCCUAUUUGGAUUGGGCAUUCUAGCAGGUUUGAUCGGAUUCAUCAAGAUAGGCGUUUCUUACAGCAAUGAUGCUGUCUAUGUUUUCAGUUUGAUCGCAGUGUGGAGCAACGUGCAAGAAUUAGUCUGCCUGUUCUGUUGCUGUGCUGCAGUCUACAAACCUAUUCUGCCUCCCCCGGGAAUGUGGAGUCGAUUGGCUUCCAAGGUCAGCUUUUCAAGUCUCCGACAGACUCGUGCGCGAAGCAAGAGGUCGCAGCAGUCCCUAGGUGAGAUGGAGCGACUUGAAAAUGGGCAGGGCUGGGUACAUCGCGAAGAUGGCAGCUCCAAGGGGCUGGUAUGGUCUGAGCAACAGGGCCACCAGGACGCGAACGCUGCACUGGGCCGAGAAGAGCAUCCACUCGAGAGCAUCAAUGUGCAAAAGGAUUUCACAAUAGCUCGCUAGGAAGCAGCAUGUGUUUGAAGGAUAUGAUACCAGGAUCGGUCGGGGAAAAGGGGUGGAUGGUAAUAUUAGGAGGUAAGCAAUGCUUAGGGUAUAAACCAUUGGAGCUCUGUUCGUCAAUGGGAGCGAGCACAAUUCAUCACCAUAUCUGAAUUUGGUGGCGCUGUUACAUCGUAGACUCCAACGAGUCCAAUCACCGUGAUCCCCCGCCCCCUAAAUCGUUGCACCCAACUGUGGUAGUCAACACGGACCUUGGUGCUAUAGAGAAAGUCGCCAUCGGAUCCUAUAAGCAGUCAGAAAUUCAACAACCGUCGUAGUAUCAGAUAUACCGAGAGCACACGCCAGGCCCCCGGUCUGUGAUGUUCUAUCUUUGUAUCAUGCCGUCGUACGGAGUACAGUAAUAA